UAAUUAGUGAUGAUGAAUUUCUGGCUGUGUCCCACCAUUAUUUGGCCAAUUCUUGACGGUGUAUCAACACCUGUUCAUCAAGUUACUCUCGUCGCAUUCUCUGGUUUGGUUGGUGAUCUGACUUUCGUCUUUUGAAGACUAUUUUCACAGUGUGAAAGUUGUGGUUAACUAAAUGAAUGCGAUGAAGUGUUUCCCGUGGUGCUAUGGAGGAGUAAAGAAGGAAGAAAAGAACAUAAGGACAACUUCAGUUCCGUUUACAAAUUCAACUUUAACUGACCUUGAUUUCAAGGCAUUUAGCUCUGAAGUGAACUCACAAAAUGUGUCUGGCACAAGCACAGACACAGAUUCCAUGGGGAGAACAUCGAUUCCUUAUCUUUCGCAAAGGCCUAGUAAUCUGAGAGUAUUCACUUUUUCAGAGCUGAAGUUAGCUACCAAGAAUUUUAGCCGAACUACCAAAAUCGGAGAGGGUGGAUUUGGUUGUGUGUACAAAGGUAUGAUUAGAAGUUCUGAAGAUCCACAGAAGAAACUUGACAUUGCUGUUAAACAGCUAGGAAAAAGAGGACACCAGGGACAUAAGGAAUGGGUGAAUGAAGUUAACUUUCUAGGAAUAGUAGAACAUCCAAACCUUGUCAAACUAUUAGGAUACUGUGCUGAAGAUGAUGAGAGGGGAAUCCAACGUCUUCUAGUUUAUGAAUACUUGCCUAACGGAAGCGUUGAGGAUCACUUAUCCUCUAGGGUAGUCGACGUGCCUCUAACGUGGGUAAUGAGAUUGAAAGUAGCACGAGAUGCAGCUAAAGGAUUAGCUCACUUACAUGAAGGCAUGGAAUUUCAGAUCAUAUUUAGAGAUUUCAAGUCGUCAAACAUUCUUCUAGACGAGGAAUGGAAUGCUAAGCUGUCAGACUUUGGAUUGGCUAGAUUAGGCCCUGAAGAAGGAUUUACCCAUGUCUCAACUGGGGUUGUGGGAACACUGGGAUAUGCAGCACCCGAAUAUAUGCAAACUGGGCAUCUCACAUCAAAGAGCGAUGUAUGGGGCUAUGGGGUUUUCCUUUUCGAACUUAUCACGGGUAGGCGUCCACUAGAUCGUAACCGCCCUUCAAGCGAACAGAAUUUGUUGAUAUGGAUAAGGCCAUAUGUACAAGAUACAAAGAAGUUUCAUCAGAUUCUUGAUCCAAGGCUUGACUGGAAACAUUCUUUGAAGUCUGCAUAUAAACUCGCAAGUGUCGCUAACAAGUGUCUGAACAGACACGCAAAAUCUCGCUUGAAGAUGAGUGAAGUGUCGAAUAUGGUAAAUGAGAUUCUUGAAUCUUAUAAAGACACGACAAGUUUGGAUCAGGAAGAAAGUAAGGAGAUGGAAGAGGAAAAGAUACCGGGAGAAGAUAUCGGUUGCUUUAGUCGAAUGCUGUCUUGUUGAAGAAUUUUAGUUUAAAUUUUUUAUGGAUUUCUUCCAUGGUUGUCAAUUGAAGAUUUGUUGUAUGUAUAUUACUUGUUUUGUAUCUAGAAGAUUGCUUCACUUUUUUUCCUCCAUUUGAUUAGUAGGAAUUGUUUACAAUUGGUGUAUAAUGACAUCAUUUUCUUUAAUUGGUGUAAAAUGUUUAUUAUUA